AUACGAUAUAGGGGGAAUGGGAACUGAGUUGUUUGGAGUUGAGCAGAAGCCGUCCGUCUUUUUUUCGAGUUUCAUUUAUUUCAUUUUUUUGUGUUUUCUGUUUCUUUCCCUGAGUUGUGGCCCGUUGUUGACACGACGGCCGAAAUUAACCUGAAAAAAUUCGAGUGAAAAUUCGAUGGAAAAGGAUUUCAUCCAGAACCCGUGACAACAAUUGGACCACUCAUGUGAAGAUAUCGGGCCUCAUUAAGGACUGAAGAGAUCGACCCAAUAGUUGCAACCCCCACAGACCGUCCAAUUAUGUUGAUGCAGUAGUGAUUCGUCGCAGUGUGCCUUAUUCAUAGCGUGCCUCAUAGAAGAAACCAACUCCUCCUUCGCUUCACCCCUCUUAUUUCACCAGUCUGGAACUAGAUGCUGCCUGGUGAUGCUGCUCCUGUUUUAUUUAUCGUCCGUUGACUACAACGAACUUGUACAGUGUUAAGUGAUGAAUGGAGGUGGAUCUGUGAUUCGUUUUUCGGAAUCUGCUCCUCGACCCCCUGUCUUCCCAGGUGAAGAAAAUGUGCCGUCAAGUCAGGUGAAGAUGGAUCCAUGGGCUUCACGGUUCGGAAGGCGGGGCCCGUCGCAUCCUUCGACGCUGUCGCCCUCCAAAGGUUCAUCACCCGUCCUGACGCCUCGCAGACAUGGCCAGUCGAUGGACGAGUACGACUUGGCUCGCCGCUACGAACCGGCUGAAGGAUCGGCCUCCACGUCUCCACCCUUGGUCGAAACGCCGCCCUAUUUGCGAUGGGCUGAAAAUCUUCAUUUCCUCCUGACCGAUCCCGACGGCGUCGAACUCUUUGAAAAAUAUCUCGAACAGGAAAAUUGUUCUCAUUUACUCAAAUUUUGGUUUGCCUGCGAAGGCCUCAAACGAAACUGGGCAGAAGAUCCCGAAAAAGCUGUCCAAAUCAUCCAAGUCAUUUACAAAAAGUACAUCCGGCUCAAAAGGGUCAAUGUGUCGGAACUGAAUCGGCGUGAGAUUAACGACCGAGUGGCCAACAAAGCUACCCUUGACGCGCAUAUCUUUGACGAAGCGCAAAAGGAUGUCGAAGAUCUUAUCCGCAGCUCAGUUUACGUCAACUUCCUAAAUUCGGACGUCUAUUUAUCUUACAUUCAAUCUAUGCAAAAUGGUAUCCCGGAUUCGCCUCGAAGCGGCCGGAGUCAAGGAGGAGGUUCAGACAUCACCGCCAAAUCUUCCGUCGCCCCUGAUCUCGCCGGAACGGGCGCUUCAGAUGAUCGAGGACCUCACCUAGGGCCAUUGCCUACUUUGCACGAAGAUUCUGAAUUCUCAUAUCCUGCCGUCGAGCUCAACAAGCCAAUCCCACUGACGCAUGACGCUCUCAUGGCCACCAAGAAUGUCCGGAUGAACGUCGAAUCCCGACCAGUAGGCGGCCUCUACCCAAGUAGUCGAGUGCCCCACAACCCAUAUCACUCCGUGCACACAACCAGCUAUUACGCGCCGUACAAUCCCGUUUCACGCCAGGAUUCCGAGAUAUCCUCUGAUGCUCAUACGGACGACACUCGCUCACUGACCGAUGGUUCUGUCGAUGGCUCUGUCCUGUUUUACCCGGCCAAGCCUAACCGGCACCAACUGCGCAAAGCUCGCCAAAAGAUUUCAAACGACUGUAUGAGAAAUCGUGAUCCGUCUAUAAACCAGCCAUUCAUCCCGCGAACUCAGCGUCCUCCACCUAAAGAACAGCAGGGUAUGCCCAAGACGCCGCAAGAAUUCGCCGCUGAGCUUAUCCAAAAGUUGGAAGCCGUAAAACGAGAUCGGGAAUCUGAAGAAAAGUUGCUCCGGAUUGUCGCUGAGAGGGAUAGUGAAGCCAGUGGAUUGGAUGAGCCAUGCCCGCAAGGCGCCCGCUUCAAACCCGGAUCUGAAUGCUCAGCUCGUGUUUUGGCAGAAGCACUGUCCAAAAUCGCUUCUUCAAAUGAAGCCGACACACAAUCGAUUCUCGAUAACCACGUCCAAAGGAUCUGGGCAGAUCAGACGCCAUUGCGAUCACCCGGUGCACCUUCACCUCGGCCGUGGUCUCCAGAGAACCGGCGUCGAUUGCCACCGAAUUCUGUGGCUAUUCCAACGAAAACCAGUGGGGCACCAAUAAUGAGCUCUUCUGCAUAUGGACCCGGCUAUUUCCAACGCUCCUCGGCCCAUCAUCGGCGAAAAGACAAGGAUAUCGAAAAGGGUUCGACUUACUCAGCAGACUCGGGUGCGAUUCUCGAUCAAGGUGACAGCGGAAGAGAAAAUCGAGCUCACUUUUCCAAGUCGCAAUCAAUUCCUGAUACGCGCCGGAUUGGUAUGACGUCCUCUCUUGGGGGAGCUAGCAGUGCCAUCGGCAGCAAGAAAUCAGAAUACGAUCGUGUCCAUGACAGUGGUCUUUGCCUCCAUACGGACCCUAAUCCUGGAACACUAAUGGCACCGCCUUCACAGCCACCCAAGGAGAAAGUGCUCCACUGGAUCAGCACCAAUGACAAAUGGCAAGAAGCUGAUAGAGAUCCGUCUUCCAGCAAGCACAGGUCGCGUCCACCGAGUUCGACUUCACCCAUUUCUUCCAGGAGGAGUCGGCAACACAAGUCCGCUUACGGGACUUCGAGGUCGGAAUCGCUGGAACGAGCUGGAGCUUCCGCCGGUCAUUUAACGCAAAGCGAAGACGAUAUGGCUAGAAAUCGUCCUCCAACCAAGCCAAAACCUAGCGUAUCACAGCCAACUUCCACUCACUCGACAACGAUGAAGAAACCAGCAAGUAGUGGAGCUCUCUCAGGUGAAGGAAGCUCAGCCCCAACAGAAUGCACUGUUGUGACGUUCACUUUUGGAGAUGAGCCCGUGCCCUACCGCAGCCGGAUACCUGGACGAACUGUCACGCUCAAGCAAUUCAAAGAAAUUUGUGUGCCCAAAAAAGGAAACUACAAGUACUACUUUAAAACGAAUUGCGAGGACGACGUAGCGAUGGCAGUCAAUCAGGAGGUUAUUGACGACUCUGAGAUUUUACCACUCUGGGAAGACAAAGUGCUGGGUAUCGUCAAGCUUGUCGAUUAGAAUUGAUGAUGUUAUGGAAAAGAUAUUGUCUUGAAAACUUUACAAAAAAAAACUCUUUAAAAUGAACCUGAGUUUAUGUUGCAGCUUAACAUUACCCUCCUUCAAAAUCUUCAGCCCUGUCUUUUAUUUUGUAUGAUGUGAGUUCUAUUUUUGUCAUUGUCGUUUUUCAUCGAUUCACGCGUUGUUUUUUCUCUUAACUCCUGUCUUUUGAUAGAAAUCGAGUUUCUUUUAUUUCUUUUCUCUUUUAUUUUGAGAAGCGUGCAACAAUCGUGUCGUAGUAAUUUACCCUUUUUCCAGCAUGAAUGAAUAUUUGUUUAAUUGUCGCGCUGAGACUUCUUUCUUCCCUCCUGCAUUUCCUUUUUAUACUUUGUCUGGGCCAAAAAAAAACUAAUUUAAGAAAAAAAAAAAUGUUGGAAGAUUUGCCUUAGCCAGAAUAUUUUUUUUUAACUUCGCAAUCGUCUGAUUUGUACACAUCCAUCGAGUAUUCUCUGAAAGAUAAGGAAUGACAUGUGUUCAACUCCGAUUCCUCGUCUACCACUAUCUCCAUCCCGCCCAAAUAAAACAGCCACUUCAUCUGAAGCAUUACUAAUACGCAAACGUUUCAUUACAAUUUUAUGAAAUUG